AGGCUAAAAGCGGAGGAGAGAGCCGAGCACACCGAGAGGCUUCCAGAGCGACAGCAUGUCUCUGUACCGCAACUCCGCCUGGUUCCUGAAGGGACUGACCGAGUUCACCAGGUAAGCAGACGCCCUUUUUGAGUCAUGAUGCUCUUCAGACAACUUUACAACUGCAGAGAGUGAGAGAGUGAGCGUCCUGCUGCUACUGAGUCCUGUUUGCACUGUAUGAGGGAGAAAUUAAGAUAAUGAUUCAAGGCACUACUCUAAGUAAUUUGGCUGUGUUCCUUGAAGACAUCAUAUAGGCUCCUUAUUCCAUGCAAUAGACUCAAUAAUGGACAAUUUGAGGUUUUUACUCAGUGAUUACCUGCUAGUAUUAUGCUCUACUAAUAAAUUACACGUAGCCUAAUCCAGGCACUGGCUGAUGACUUCGUUUUAAUCUUGUUGAAUUUUUGUAACUUUACAUCAAUAACAGGUUCAGACUGAAUUUCUGUUUAAAGCUACUAUGAGGAGUUUGUUUCUGGUUGUGAAACAGACUGAAAUUAUUAUGACCAUUUGCAGAAAGAGUGACUUUUUCUGAGUUGUAAUGGUAAAAAAACUGAUGGGUGGGAAGUGUCAGACCAAGUGAUGCAUGCAGCUGAUUCAGCCUUAUUUCAGGAAAGAUUCUCAAUUCCUGAUGUGUCUGGGUGUAAAAAAGACAAGAAAAUGAUAUUUAAUGGAAAAUGGCGAUGACACAUGUGUAGGACAGAAUCAGCAAAAACUGUUUGUCCACAGGGGGCGUCAAAAUCAACAGUGAAAAGAGCUUUAUAUUUAAGUUCAAGUUCAAACCACUUUAUUGAUAUAAACAAAUGAAUAGUGCUAUUGCCAAAGCAGUUCACAGACCAGUUAUUUUAAUGAUGUUACUAUUAUAUACUAUUAUAUUACAACUAUCUCAUCUUGUUUCUAUGCAGGAUUCUUGUAUUUUAGAUUUCUUAUUCCCUAAACUGAAGUUACCUUAAGACAAGUCAGACCACAAGUGUACCAGUAUGUUUUUAGCAUAAAGAUGAUUUUCCAAUUCAGAUAAAGUAGGACUUUAUUAUAAGAGGGAACCCAAACUUCUCACAUGCUUUUAAGUUUUUGAUAAAGUGCCAUAAUGGAUGGUGAAACAAGUAGGUUGAAUUGAUUUGUCAAGCAAGGGCCAUAUGCUUUGGGGCCAUUGGGCAGAAAUGCAAAUACUGACCCAACCUUAUUACAAAUAUGAAAAUUUCCAUUUUUUACAUUUAUUUUAAACUGACAUUGUUUGGAUUUAAUUUGGUAAGAUGUCAUUGAUACUUUUUACUGUUUUUUUUACUCCAAACACAGUUUAUUAUAAAUUAAAUAUAACAGAGAGUUAUCAGUGGAGUAGUCUAUAAUUGUGUUCAUUGAUUUUAGCCGUAGCGGAAAUAGACAAUAUCUGGGCUCCUGGAGGUUGUAUGAGGUUAUGUGAAAGGUGAUUAAAGGGCUGAGGAUCUAUAAAGGGAUAUCAUGUAUAAAAUCAGACUUUAAAGGCAUAAUAACUUUAGAGGCUGAGGAGAUAACUGCAGAGCAUCUUUGAGCAUCACUAACUUUUAACCUGAUCUGAGUUUACAGUUAGUGACUCAGCAGGAGACAUGUAGGACCAUAAGUCAUUUGUUCAAAAACAACAACUCUUACAUGACCCAUCAGUCCUAUCUGAUCUCUUGCAGCCCGAAGGCGCCUUUCCUCAUCACCAUGCAGCUCGCCAAGUUGUGUGAAGAGGUGCUUUUGUGAUUGUUUCCCUUCGUCCCUUUGUUCUGUGUUAUCUUUACUGCCGUCGAGCUGCCCGGCAGCCCGCUCUGACCCUGCACUAAUGGCUCUCUGCAUGACACCACGGAACAGAGCGGGCAUUUAGCCUCAGUUUUACCCCGCUCCCUGUCCCUUUAUCCCCCCUUCAGCCGUCCUCAACAAUGGCGUCCAUCACAAAGAGAGUGAUUGAAGAACUUGGUGGCACCGAGGUCACACACGAACACACAUAGACACACACCGAUGCUGUUGUCACCUCACAUAGUCUCACCCCAAAGCGAUUCUCCUCAGAGACGAUGCCAGGCACACUCUCGCCGUCAUUGUGUCUGUACAGUAAAGCUGUGAAGAGACAGUGACCAGACUGACCUCAAACAGUGACCCCCUCUGAACUUGCUGUUUUCAUUUUGAAAAAGCUAACUCUGUGCCCAAAGCAGACACAUAUGGUUCAUGUGUUUAAGCUAUGAAGACAAACAGAUUAUGGACAUGUUUUUAAUAACGCAGUCUGUGUCCCUAUUCUGCAGGAAUGCCUUCCUGUCAACCUCUAAGAGGUUUGUGGAGAAGGACCUGGAGGUGUCGGUGGCUGGUCGUGCCUUCAUGAUAACAGGAGCCAACAGUGGCAUCGGGAAAGCCACUGCCAUGGCCAUUGCAAAGAAAGGUACCCAUCCUACUACCUGUCUGUCUUGACAGGAAUCCUUGUUUUUCUAUGCAGAGGAAGAGUGUCCAGACUUUUGACCAGUCAGGGGCUCUGGUUUAUGCAGUAAUGGCAUAUACUGUAUUAUCUCAACCACGCUCUCAUUUAUCCACCACUUCUGUCUCCAAAAAACAUAUCUACUUUUACUUUUACUCAAGGUAACACCACAGAUCACCAACAAAUUAAGCUGCUGCACAGUCUUUUCUUUUCACCAGCACAUUCUUAAACCCAUUUCUAUUAAAAGAGUGGCUACAUGGUGAAAAAAAAUAGUUAAGUAGCAAUAAAGAAGCAAAAACUUUCACAUUUUCAGACUGCACCUCACCUGCUCUCUUCGUUUUCCUGUUCAGAAUACUUCAACAUCCUUUUAAGUCACAUUAUGCCUCCUGAGAGCCCCUCAAACUUCUAAGAAGGAUUUAUACAGAAGCAGUUUUAGAAAAACUCAGAGCCAGAUUGUUAUGGAAAUGUCCAAAAAUUGUCAGGAGUUCACAUGUGAACAUGCAAGUUCCUUCAGGUGAAAUUUACGCGAAUAUUCAGUACUUGUUGGGUUACCUUUUUUGACAUUGGGAGGUUGGUUAAGCUGCUGUUAAAACCUGUUCACAUUUCCAGUAGAUCUGUUGGAACAGCAGGAUAAGUAGUCACUAACAGAGCAUCAGAUAUACAGGCAAACAGGUGAAAGCAAUUGAGACCCAUGAGAAAGAAAGGAGGAUGCUGUAAUAAACUGAAGAAUAACACCUCCCAUGAAGUUAACGAAAGAUCCAACAGUCAUCCUCUCCUCCUGAAAUGUGUCAACUACUGUUCUCCUCAGGUGGUAGUGAUUGAAAUCCACUCUGUCUUUGUUACAGGUGGAACAGUCCACAUGGUGUGCAGGAACAGGGACAAGGCCGAGGAGGCGAGAGCUGAUAUCGUGAAGGAGUCAGGAAACAAAGUACAGCAUGACUCACAUCUCAGCAAAGAUUUUAAAUAACACAGCGACAUUUGAAAUUGGCCUUCUAAUCCAGACCUGACAUUUUUCAUUACACUAACUGUCUGGUGUCAUUACAGGAGGUCUUUGUCCACAUCUUGGAUCUGUCUGAGACCAAGAAGGUCUGGGAGUUUGCAGAGGGCUUCAAGAGGAAGUUCAAGGCCCUCAAUGUACUGGUGAGUGAUUCUUCCAAAAAAUACACACAUCUGAUAUUUUUCUGUGGUUCAUUUUGUGGGUUCUAGGUGUGGCUCCGCUGUGUGAACCAGUAAGAGCAGACGUAAGCUAGUGUAGCGCUGCUUCAUUUUCCUGACAUAUCUGGUUUCUCCUGAGCUGUUUUGUGACAUCAAGGAAAAACAAAAAAGGCUGAGAGAUUUUUCAUGGAUAUUUGCCUCAUGUUUUGUAAAUUGUGCAGAUCAACAAUGCUGGUGCCAUCAUGAGUCAGAGGGAUGUGAAUGCUGAGGGACUGGAGAAGAGCUUCGCCACAAACGUCCUUGGUAAGUCAGAACUCAGAGUUUAGUAUGAGGAAAACAAUUGAGGAAAGUGUGACUGAAGUAAAAAGUUCUUUUCAUCCAUCAGGGGUUUACAUCCUUACCAAGAGUCUCAUCCCUUUGCUGGAGAAGAGUGCAGAUCCCAGAGUGGUGAGUCUAAGACAUGUGUUUGGUUGAAUAUCCCCUGAUCUGUGUCUCUUAUUUGAUGCAAGUUAAGGUCUAUAAAUGUCACAGAACGAGUCAUAGUCUUAUAUUUAGCAGUACAGGUAAACAUAAUUCAUCAUUUUAAUGGGCAAUCAAUGUGAUUGGGACACUGGGUUGGGGUUAUUGAAUGACUCAUUGCUGGUCACGCUGAUGAACCAUGAGUCCCGGAAUAUUCUCUUUAAUAAAAGAAGGGAUAAGAUAAGAGAAGUUUAAACGUAGUCAUAAAAAACAUUAGAUCAAUGAAAUUACCUCAAUUCAAAUACAUCCCAAAAGUACCCCUCAGAAAGUUUUUACACAAACUGAGCUGUAUUCCAGUAAAGGUUUUGAGCAUGAAUGACAGAAGGACAGAGACUUUCAUGAAAUGCUUUUAAGAGGGAACUUGUGUUGGUAUUAAUUUUGGUGCCCCCUGUGGAGGUACUCCUUCUUUGAGACCAAAUUUUCAGACCUCCCAAGAGGGACAAUAAUUUUAUGGCAUAGAUGAAAUUGGCACUGGACAUCAUACACACACACACACACACACACAAAGACCUCAUUCAGGUGGACAUUUUUUCUCUUGUAUAUCUGAUUCUGAGCUUUUUUAUCACAGGGUUUGUGUGUGAUCACAACUGGAAAAGCAUAGCUGUCAGAAUUAAGUAUGGAAACUUCUUUUAGGAGUUGUAAACUGGUUAUGAAACACACUUGUACCUCUAUAGGAGAAUUAAACAUUACAUAAAUAUUCACUUUGUCUUCUAUGUUCUGCACCUGAAACCACUGUAAAGCUAGUGUCAGAUGAGGCAAGUAUAAGCACAAUGCUAAAACAGCCCAAGCUUAAAUUAUUAGUCCAGACACUGAUAAAACUGACUGCCAACAGUUUUUGUCAGAAAACCUGACCCAAAUGUGUUCAGACCAAGUUUAACAAAGAGGUAUCACUAUGCCUGCAGGGGGGCACAAACUUAAAGCUCCUCGCAGGAGCUUUCAGGGGUAAAUUUUGUCUCUGAAACGUACCUGUGUUGUAUCACAAGUUUAAAGGAGAGUGAAAAUAGACCAAAAAUUGAAAUACAAUGAACAAACCUGGGUUAUGUCUUACAAAUUUACACAGAGAAUCACAAAGAACUGAGUUUCAGGGCUGCUUAAUUGCGUCAGAAAUCGUUAUCACAAUUAUUUUGAUUGAUAUCGAAACCAUGAUUGAAUAUAAAGGUGUUCCAGGCCAAUGUCUUUCACUUUCUCUUAAGCAUUUGUGAUUGCUACAGCCUCUCUCAUCCUGCCUACUCUGUCCCUUGGCUUUUCAGACAUGCAUGGAUAUACUCACCUGCUUCCCCCUGCUCCUCUCCCUGCUCUCCUCUCUCCACCUGUGGCUACCUGAUGGUCACAGAUGGACAGUCACAACUCCCAGACAAUGUCUUGCUUUGAUCCAAGUUGUUUAUGAUUAAGUAAAAGUGAGAGCUGUUUGACGUCCUGCUGCUAUAGGAAAGAGAGGGAGGGUGCAUUUCUAUCAAAGGAGAGGCUGUAACGGGGGCAACACAGCUAGCCGCACAAUGAUUAUUCAGUCUCAAUCAUGAUAUUUUUAUGAUUGGAGGGAGACAAAUCUGGAUUUUGAUAUUAAAAUCUGAUUAAUCACCCAGCAUCAGUUCUUAUGCCUGUUUUUACCCUUGCCCCUUUUAUGCCCUGACUUGUGCUGUGUUUGGUCACACUCAGAUCACAGUGUCAUCAGGAGGGAUGUUGGUGCAGAAGCUGCGGACAGGAAACCUACAGUCUGACAGAGGUCGCUUUGACGGCACCAUGGUCUACGCCCAGCACAAAGUAAGAGGAAUUUAAUUAAACAAAUGACAAAAACAGGGAAAAAUUCCAAAAGGAAAGUCUUUAGGAACCAAAAAAGAUAAACUGAAAACACAAUGAAACUAAAGCAGAACCACAGAAUAAACACAGGAAAAGAUAGAGUAACCUCACACAGAAAGAUGGAAACACAGAGUCUAAAUACACAGGGAAACAAGUCUGGCAGCUACAGCGAGUGGAGGAAGUUUACAGUCUAAGUAAUAUUUUUAACCUACCUGGCAAUGUUUAUUACACUCAGAGGCCAGAGACAUGUUUCCAAUUGCCAAAAUAUAAACUUCAUUUUACAUCACUCAUUAAAAGUCAUUUUUAAAACACAGCAUUCACACAGAGGGGAAAACUUGAUUAGGAGCUGAGGCUUACCAGAUGGAUAGAGGGAUAGUGAAAGGGGAAGGAUCCACCAAAACAAAUCAAAAUUUCACCUAGGUACACAUAACACACACACACAGGGUUGUGAAGUAAUAACGAAAUCCUAGGGGUGCACGUUAAGUGAAGCAGCACACCGCAUAGAAUGAAAUAGAUAUAUAUUUCUAUGCUGCUAUACAAGCAACAGAUGCAAACACAAGUGAAAGCCACACAAGAGGAAAAAUACAGGAAGUAAACUGGACUGAGCACGCACCAAGAUUAAGUACUAAUACUGAAACAGGAAUCACUGAAGACUGAACCUGGGGAACUAAACAGUAAAAAAAAUCACAAGGACAACAGGGGCACAAGAAAAUUAAACAAUGCUACACACAGGGAGAGCAGAAACACAAAAUAAUAUUCAACACAGAACAAGAGACUUAAAGAAUCAAGAACUCCUCCUGUUGUCACUGUAAAUAGUAUUUUUAAAAAGUAUGGUCUAGACUUCCUCAUUUUGUCUCGAUAGGGCUAACUGUAUAAAUAAAGAUUGUUUAAUACAGGUGUCUUAAAACCUCUGGAUUCAACAGUUUGUGAUGACUUUACACAGUUUCAAUUUAAAAAAGGCUGAGAGUCAAUGUCAGCACACUGAGGUAUAAUAUUCAAUUCUUUUAAGUGAUUAUUUCCACACGUUUGCCACCUGCAAAUACAAAAUAACUGUAAACAACAAAAUAAUAAAAGCCAGGUUUAGAGUAUCAGAGUUACCCUCAGUGACUCUAUGUUUCACCCUGUGUGUGUGUGUGUGUGUGUGUGUGUGUGUGUGUGUGUGUGUGUGUGUGUGUGUGUGUGUGUGUGUGUGUGUGUGUGUGUGUGUUUUCAGAGGCAGCAGGUGGUAAUGACAGAGCAGCUGGCCAAGGCUCACACUAAUAUCCACUUCUCCGUCAUGCAUCCCGGGUGGGUCGACACCCCUGGUGAGUCACAGGCAUUACCUAAAUAGAAGUCAAUUUAACUUAAACCCCUUUAGAGAAUAAUGCAACACUUCAGGAACUUCUCCCUCUCUCCGUCUGCGUCUGUGCCAGCGGUGGCCAAUGCCAUGCCAGACUUCCAUCGCUCCAUGAAGGACAGCCUUCGUACCCCUGAGCAAGGCGCCGACACCGUGGUGUGGCUGGCUGUUUCUGAGGCCGCUGCCAAAAACCCCAGCGGACACUUCUAUCAGGGUAUGCUGCAGAGUAAUAGCAGAGUUUCUCAGUUUUACUCACCUACUUAUUUAGAGACGAUUUUUGAGUCACCAUUUUGAAAAUACUGACUCAGCUUUACUUGAUCAGAUCAACUUAGCAAGAGGCAAAGAUGGGAUGUUGAGCCUGGCCUCCUAGAUAGUGUGCAUGCUUAUCAGUCACUGCAAACACAUCCUUUAUGAUGACUUGUUCUGCAAAACCCAUGACCUCAAUAUCUUCAAGGGAAAUGUGUUGAAAAGUUAAUAUGGGAAUGAUGACAAAUAAGACUACAACUAUUUUUAUAGCAGGCUGAAAACAUUUGACCUCUGCUGUAUUAAAGGCCUUUCCAACAUUGGUGUCUAGGGGGGUCCUUGGCUUUUGGAUGCAGCCUCAUGUGAACACUUGAUGCAGGGGUGUGAUGAAAACUGCAGUUCUGCAAGAGUCCACUAGAGGCUGGCCAGGGGAUCUCCAUAGAGCUCAUAUCAAAAAUGCCAAUAUUUACAACACGAUUAAACACGCACACUAUUUCAAAAAUUGGGUUUGGUGUGUACCAAUUGGUGGAAAACUGAAGAGGUAGAUAUUUAAUUUUGAUUUUAUUAACAUUGAUAGUUUUGCAUAAUAUAGCAUAGCUGAUUUAACCAACAGGUGGGCAUGCUGCAGCUAUCUGUGACAAUUCCCUUUAACAGUCUUAUGCCUACAACAUCCAGUAAUGGAUCUCUUCUGCUGUCAGACCUUGACUGUCGACCAUGCACUGAGCUCUGAAAAUGUGUUGGAUAACACGUGAAUCCUUUUUAUCUGAAAUUAUAAAUGUUUCCAGUCGAACAUAUUUAAAAGAUUAAACCACUAACUGUGAUAAUUAUUCAUGUGGUGCUUCUUUUGGAGUUGGUAGGAUAACAUUGAGGUCUGAAGGUUCAAAGACACUUCGACAAAACAAGCUAAAACACAGAUUUUUUUUUUUGUAGAGUGGAGAGGAUGGAGAGAAGAAAAGAGUAAAGUAGAGAAGUGGGCAGCUGGCUGAAUUCUGUCGGUUGUGGGCCGACACAGUGUGCAGUUGUGUGAGUGUUAGAGGCUUUGGCUUGUGUCCAUGCAGCUGGAGUGGGCUGCUUUUGGUGCCAGAUACUGCCAGAGAGUACAGUGCGUCUAUGAGAGCACAAAGUAAUACAACCCUAAUGCUUAAACACACAUAACUAACAAAACACACGCUCACACAAAGACUGAUAAGACUGGCUAACCUGUUACCAUCCAAUUGUGAACCUUGUUUUUAACAGCCUCACCUCAAAACUUGAUCCUAAAAUUUAGGAUCAAAUUAAACUACUUCUAAACAAGCUGUUCCAGACAUUAUGUAAAGGAAAAGAAUCACACAUUUACCUCUGUAUUACAUUUAUCUGUGUUUUUGUGCAACAGACAGAAAGAUAGUGUCCACCCACCUGCCUUUGGCCUGGACCCAUAGCUCCCCCCUGGAGGAGCAGAAGUUGAUGUCCCUACUGGAAGACCUCGCCAAGACAUUUCAGCCUCACUGAGACCAGAGAAGGUUUCUAACAGUACACUGCCAACACUAACAACAUCGAUGUACUGACCGAGGCAGAGCUUCAUGUAUCAUCCCACUGAUGACGAAAAAAUCAGAGUCUGAAGCAUUUGGAGUUUUAACACAUCCUCUGGCUUAAAAUGAGAUGAAUAUGAAGAUAGACUGUGAGUUUACAGCCUCAUGAUACCUUAAUGAACUCACAUAGGCAGAGGGAGAUCUGUAACGCUUUGCAAGUGUUUGUAUAACAAAUGAGCUCAGCUUUAUGAGGAUUAAACAUGUUAUUGAACGGGAGUGUUCAAUAGUGAUGCUGCCUUUUAAUGACUUUUUACAGGAUGUUAUCUCGCUAACAGAGAGAGCACUUUCCAUAACAACACACCAACACAAACACAAUCCAGUCUGUUAUAGUGACUUUAUGGAAGUUGUCAAUCAGAUGGGAAUCUGAUAGGACCAAAGUCACAGACACACACUGCAUUAUCAACUCACAACACCAGCUACAGGCUCAAUCUCAGUGUGCCAAAAGAUACAUAAGGUAACAUGUUUGUUUGUUUUUUUCAAUAUUAGGAGGCAAAUUUAAGUGCAUACACUUAACCAAACAGUUUUGUUCUCUAUACUGAUGUCAUUUUGACUUUGCUACAUCCAUACAAAGCACUAAACAUCUGAGAAAUAUCAAAGAAAUCAUACGCCCUGUGGAUAAAGUCACAGGAAAGUCAGUGUAGCAAAGUAGGGAAAUUUGCACAAUGGUUUCAUAAGACAGAUGAGUAGGAGAGGGAUGAGAUCACACCUGUCGCCAUGGGUGGGCCAUAGGGGGCCUGGCCCGCCUUCCAAAAGGAGUGUGCCACGCCAUUUGUGACACAGAUAUAUUUACGCUAAGAGCUACUUUCUGUUACUUUAACGUUGUAUUCAUGAUCAUUAAGACAUUAAAAAUUUAAAGAAACAAUG